CGCUUCUCGUCGUCGUCGUCCUCCUCGCGAGCGAACCGGAAGUCCAAGGGGAAGGAAGGCGGAGAGGAGAAACCCUCGAAGCGAAGAGUAGGGGUAGGGAUAUCGCGAGAGUGAGAGAGAGAGGAGGCUAGGAGGCGAGAUGAAGCUGUUCGUGAAGACCCUCAAGGGCACCAACUUCGAGAUCGAGGCGAGCCCCGAGGCGUCGGUGGCUGAGGUGAAGAAAAUCAUUGAGACUACUCAGGGGCAGAAUGUGUACCCUGCCGAUCAACAGAUGCUCAUACACCAAGGAAAAAUUCUCAAGGAUGACACAACUUUGGAAGGCAACAAAGUUGCAGAGAACAGCUUCCUUGUUAUAAUGCUGUCUAAGGCCAAGGCAUCAUCAAGUGGAGCUUCAACUGCUUCAAAGGCACCUGUGAGCCAGGCUCAACCUGCUACUCCAGUGGUCCCUGUUACCCCAGUUGCAAGAACUCCACCUCCACAAGCACCUGCUGCUGCACCUGAACCGACACCUCCAAGUACGCAGCCUGCAGUUGCUUCUCCCGCCCCAGCUACUGCUGUGACUGCAUCAAGUGAUGCUGAUGUCUACAGUCAGGCGGCAUCAAAUCUUGUUUCAGGUAGCAACCUAGAAGAGACAAUCCAACAAAUUCUUGACAUGGGUGGUGGCACCUGGGAACGUGACAUGGUUGUCCGUGCUUUACGUGCUGCAUAUAACAACCCUGAGAGAGCCAUUGACUAUCUGUAUUCUGGAAUUCCUGAGAAUGUAGAGCCCCCACCUGUGGCUCGCGCGCCUGCUGCUGGUCAACAGGCAAAUCCGCAGGUUCCUUCUCAGGCUCAGGCUCCAGCUCAGGCUCAGGCUCUGGCUGUACCUCCACCUGUGCAGCCAUCUGGUGGUACUACAGGACCUAAUGCAAAUCCUCUAAACCUUUUCCCCCAGGGUGUUCCAAGUGCUGGUGCAAAUCCUGGUGCUGGCGCUGGUGCCCUUGAUGCAUUGCGACAACUUCCACAGUUCCAAGCGCUGCUUGCAUUGGUCCAGGCCAAUCCCCAAAUCUUGCAGCCAAUGCUUCAAGAGCUUGGGAAGCAGAAUCCACAAAUCUUGCGGUUGAUUCAGGAAAAUCAGGCCGAAUUUCUCCGCUUGGUGAAUGAAUCACCGGACAGUGGUACUGGGGGAAACAUACUAGGUCAGCUAGCAGCUGCAAUGCCACAGGCGCUUACAGUUACACCAGAGGAACGGGAGGCCAUCCAGCGGCUGGAGGCAAUGGGGUUCAACCGUGAGCUCGUUUUGGAGGUCUUCUUUGCAUGCAACAAGGAUGAGGAGCUGGCUGCCAACUAUCUUUUGGAUCAUGGCCAUGAGUUUGAGGAUCAAGAAUAGGUGGGUAUUAGCUUUGUCUCAAUCGUGGCGGGGAGAAAAAAAAAUCGAGGCUGAAGCAGUGCAGCUCAGUACCCUUUCUUAUUUCUGACAGCUGAGAAAUACCUGGUCGUGUGUGCAAUGCCUCUGACUAUGUUUUAAUUUUCAGUGUCUUGGGAAUGGUUUUGAAGUACAUAUUAAUUUCAUAUUCACAUAUUAUACUGUA